UGGACGGGAGCAUCUGGAGCUGGAGACUGGCUGCGUUACUGCCACCGCCUCCUGCUCUGCAGGUCCCCGACUCUCCCUCUGUCCUCACAGCACCCAGACAGGCCAGCCCAGAGCUCCCCGGCCACCUUCCCCGGCCACAAGACACUCUUGCACUCCUGUAAUGAGCCUGGCACCGUGAUGAAAUGCUUUUCCCCUGUUGCAUGAGUGCAUCUUCUCAACAAACCUAGGAGGGCUCUUGAAGCUCUUGAGAUUAACAAUGGCAGGAAAAUCAUCACUUUUUAAAGUAAUUCUCCUUGGAGACGGUGGAGUUGGGAAGAGUUCUCUUAUGAACAGAUAUGUAACUAAUAAGUUUGAUAUUCAGCUCUUCCAUACAAUAGGUGUGGAGUUUUUAAAUAAAGGUUUGGAAGUGGAUGGACGUUUUGUUACCAUGCAGAUUUGGGACAUGGCAGGUCAGGAGCGAUUCCGGAGCCUGAGGAUGCCAUUUUACAGAGGCAUAUAUUCUGCAGAUGUGAAAGAACCUGAGAGCUUUCCUUUUGUGAUUCUGGGUAACAAGAUUGAUAUAAGCGAAUGGCAGGUGUCUACAGAAGAAGCCCAAGCUUGGUGCAGGGACAACGGCCACUAUCCUUACUUCACAACAAGUGCAAAAGAUGCCACAAAUGUGGCAGCAGCCUUUGAGGGAGCAGCUCGAAGAGUUCUUGCUGCCGAGGAUAGGUCAGAUCACUUGAUUCAGACAGACACAGUCAACCUUCACCGAAAGCCCGAGCCUAGCUCAUCUUGCUGUUGAUUGCUAGACUGUUGAUGUGUUCUAACCAACUCACACAUAUACACAAAAUCAACACAGGGAUGGAGACGAAUAUUAGCAUUUGCAGCAGUGCAUCAUCUACUAAUAAAAUUAAACUAAAGUAUACUGCUGCUUCAUUAGUUGGUGGGAGAAGAGACACAUCCACUCAUGGAGGAAUAUAUUUACUCAAUAAUGGCACCUUCUAUUUAUAAAUUGUAACGAUUGUCUAAUGUUUCCUUAAUUUAAAUAUGUAAGUUGCAAAGCUAGUACAUGAGAUGACCAAGACUUUAAUGGUAAUUAAAAUAAGAAACUUGACUAUU